GCGCGAUAUCUCAUUGGGGAAAACCAGGCAGCCACUCUCUCUUCCAACGUCCCCCUGCAUGGUUUGGGAGACUGUAACGCUGGGUACAGGGUUCCUGACAAUUCGUCACCGAUCUGGACUUGUGGAUGGAUUUCUUCAAGAAUCUGGGAGUCUGAAAACAUGGAUGCCCCACCAUUCCUUGCAGCGGAAGAGUGCCUCUCUGCGCAGUGAAUGAAUGAAGAACAUGCGGGGAUUGCUAAUGGUUUGGGAAGCAUAUGCUGUCUCCAGUCGCGCUGCCUCUCUGUGACCAUGUCGUGAUCUUUUCAGUGGGCCAUCGACCGCUCUUGCUCGCCGUCAAUCCAACCCUGCAGUGGAACUUGAUAUUGAUAACACAAAGAGGGGAAACACGCCCUGGAAUUGAUAUACAUACAAAAAUCAUGAAGAUUAUCUCUCCGCUUCUAAACAGUCUGGUCUUUGAGUAUUCGAUUAGACUUUUCCUGUGCCUCUUGGGGAUGGGGUAUUCGCAGGGAAUGCCGCACGUUUUAAGAUUUGGAGGUAUUUUUGAGUCAGUGGAAAAAAGCCCAUCUGGGGCAGAGGAACUCGCCUUUAAAUUUGCUUUAAAUACAAUCAACCGAAACAGAACGCUGUUGCCAAACACAACAUUAACGUACGACAUCCAAAGGAUAAAUAUUUACGACAGUUUUGAAGCAUCCAGAAAAGCAUGUGAUCAACUCUCUCUGGGGGUGGCAGCCAUCUUUGGUCCUUCUCAUAGUUCUUCAGCUAAUGCAGUGCAGUCCAUUUGCAAUGCACUUGGAGUCCCCCACAUACAGACCCGGUGGAAGCAUCAAGUCUCAGACAACAGGGAUUCUUUCUACGUCAACCUCUACCCAGAUUUCUCGUCUCUCAGUCAAGCCAUCCUAGAUCUAGUACAUUUCUUCAAAUGGAAAACCGUCACUGUGGUCUACGAUGACAGCACAGGUCUGAUUCGGUUACAAGAGCUCAUUAAAGCUCCAUCUCGGUAUAGCAUCCGCUUGAAAAUUCGGCAGCUUCCUGCAGAUACAAAGGAUUCCAAGCCCUUGCUGAAGGAAAUGAAAAGGAACAAGGAAUUCCACGUAAUAUUUGACUGUAGUCACGAGAUGGCAGCUGGCAUCCUGAAGCAGGCUUUGUCAAUGGGAAUGAUGACUGAAUAUUAUCAUUACAUUUUCACUACCUUGGACAUUUUUGCCCUGGACUUGGAGCCUUACCGUUACAGUGGAGUGAACAUGACGGGGUUCCAGAUUCUCAACACUGAGAACAGCCAAGUCGCCUCCAUAAUUGAAAAGUGGUCAAUGGAAAGAUUACAAGCCCCCCCGAAACCGGGCUCCGGUUUACUGGAUGGAUUUAUGACGACAAAUGCUGCCUUGGUGUAUGAUGCAGUCCACGUUGUAUCCGUGGCUGUCCAGCAGUCCCCACAGAUGACAGUCAGUUCAUUACAGUGCAAUAGACACAAACCCUGGCGUUUUGGAGGGCGCUUCAUGAAGUUCAUUAAAGAGGCUCACUGGGAAGGUCUAACAGGAAGGAUUAUAUUCAAUAGUUCCAAUGGCUUGAGAACAGAUUUUGAUCUGGAUGUGAUCAGCUUGAAGGAGGAAGGACUUGAAAAGGUUGGGACCUGGGAAACCAAUAGUGGAUUGAACAUGACUGAGAAUCGCAAAGGAAAGACAGCCAACAUCACUGAUUCAUUAUCCAACCGAUCAUUAGUUGUUACAACGAUCUUGGAAGAGCCUUAUGUGAUGUUUAAAAAGUCGGAUAAACCUCUUUAUGGAAAUAGUCGAUUUGAGGGAUUCUGCAUUGACCUCCUGAAGGAAUUGUCCAAUAUCCUCGGAUUUACCUAUGAGGUCAGACUGGUGGAUGAUGGGAGAUAUGGAGUUCAAGAUGAAAAAGGACAGUGGAAUGGAAUGGUCAGGGAACUGAUGGAUCAUAAAGCUGAUCUUGCAGUUGCACCCCUGACUAUCACCUACGUCCGAGAGAAGGUCAUUGACUUCUCAAAGCCAUUCAUGACUCUGGGAAUAAGUAUUUUGUACCGAAAGCCCAACGGUACAAACCCUGGCGUUUUCUCCUUCCUGAAUCCUCUCUCCCCUGAUAUCUGGAUGUAUAUUCUGCUGGCUUACUUGGGUGUCAGUUGUGUGCUGUUUGUCAUAGCCAGGUUUAGCCCAUAUGAGUGGUAUAAUCCCCACCCUUGCAAUCCCGACUCAGAUGUGGUGGAAAACAAUUUUACCUUGCUAAAUAGUUUCUGGUUUGGAGUUGGAGCUCUCAUGCAGCAAGGUUCCGAACUAAUGCCCAAAGCCCUUUCCACCAGGAUCGUGGGUGGCAUUUGGUGGUUCUUCACACUGAUCAUCAUCUCGUCAUACACUGCAAACCUGGCUGCUUUUCUCACGGUAGAGCGCAUGGAAUCUCCCAUUGAUUCAGCUGAUGACUUGGCGAAACAAACCAAGAUAGAAUAUGGAGCGGUAGCAGAUGGGGCCACUGUGACUUUCUUCAAGAAAUCCAAAAUAUCAACCUAUGAGAAGAUGUGGGCCUUCAUGAGCAGCAGACAGCACACAGCGCUUGUCAAAAAUAAUGAAGAGGGAAUCCAACGUGUUUUAACCACAGAUUAUGCCUUGCUAAUGGAGUCAACGACCAUUGAGUUUGUCACACAGAGAAACUGCAAUUUAACUCAGAUUGGAGGUCUCAUAGAUUCCAAGGCUUAUGGAGUUGGCACUCCCAUGGGUUCACCGUACAGGGAAAAGAUCACAAUUGCCAUUCUCCAGCUACAAGAGGACGGCAAGCUGCACAUGAUGAAAGAGAAAUGGUGGAGGGGAAAUGGCUGCCCAGAGGAAGAAAGCAAAGAAGCCAGUGCUUUAGGAGUCCAGAACAUUGGGGGCAUCUUUAUAGUACUGGCUGCCGGCCUGGUGCUCUCCAUCUUUGUAGCAGUGGGCGAAUUUCUGUACAAGUCGAAAAAAAGUGCACAGCUUGAGAAGAGAUCCUUCUGUAGUGCCAUGGUUGAGGAGCUCAGGUUGUCUCUCAAGUGUCAACGACGACUGAAACACAGGCCUCAGCCACCAGUCAUCGUGAAAACAGAAGAGGUUAUCAACAUGCAUACGUUCAACGACAGGAGAUUGCCUGGAAAGGAAACAAUGGCAUGAAGUGUAGAAAAUCCACACCGAGCACAAACAGUAAUCUUUGUUCCCAAUGACCUGCAAGAGUGUUUCCUGUGGAAAUAUGCAAACCGUGCCGAACAAGCGAGUUACCUCAUGUUGCCGCAUCGAGAAACAAAAAUUACCUACCACAUGAAAACAGGGUGGUCAAAGCCAGAUCCUGAAAACCUUGUGACGGACCAAAACUUGCAAAUAAAAUAAAAAGCAGUAAAGAAUUUUCCCCUUCCUUUCAUCUUCUCAUCCCUCCUUCUCUUUUUCCCCAUGCAGGUAAUAUAUUGUGAUAAUAGUGGAAAAGAGAAAAAAAUAGAAAAGAAAGAGAAAACUGAAAGAGAAGGAGAAAACUACUUUAGCUAAAGUAGAAAGAGAGGAAACGGUGCUGAUAAAUGUUCAAAGAUGUGCAGUUGCUGUAACAAAGGCCAUCCAAAAUAAUUGAGGUUAAAGGUGAAAGAGAACUGAGAGGCAUUGGAAACGUGGUGAAACCUUCAUGUGAUCUCUCAUGUGUUUCGCCAGCAGAAGGCAACACAAGGCAAUAAUUGUUUUCUGUCAAAUUUACUUUUUUUUAAAACAUGGAUCAGACUGCAAUGAACCCUCAAAAAAAAGAAAGACUAUUAGACAAUUAACCUUAUUAAAUGAUGGAUUGUGAAGUACUUUUCAAAACUUGAAUGAUGAGGUAGGGUUUAAACGUUUCGGUUUGCAUACCUCGUUGUGGUAACAGAAGAGUAUGUUUUCCCUCCCUGGCUCUUCAGAAUCGGCCCUUUCAAGUUGUGUCACCCACCUGCACCCACAUCCAGCUGAAGUGAUUUGACACCUGACCUUUCAACUCGUGUGGUUCCGCCAAAAUAAAUACGGAUAUAGGAUUGUUCAUUGACAUGACCCCAUGGUAAUGUUGCAGGAGACUCUUUUGUAGAAUGCACUAAAUCUCAAAUCACCACUGCUACAACUCCUUGUGGGCAGUUUUUCAAGAUGUUCAUGUUUAUUUGUGGAAAUGCAAGAUUUAUAUGAAAAUAGUUUUUGUAUGGAAUUUUUGUAAUAAUUUUUAUCAAAAAAUGAACACACGGGCACUAAAUCUCAAUGGGUUUCCAUUAGGCUGAUAGCAUACAGUGAUGAAAUAUUGUGUGUAAUAAAAGGCAAAGUCUUGGCCAUAUAUUGUGAUAAUAAAUGAAGUCCAUACUGUGUAUUGUCUGAAGUUUAUGCACAAAGAGAAA